AUGGUUUCUACAAAGACGCUUAUGAAGGUUGCCGUAUACGGAGGGAUUGCCACAAUAAGUGCUGGAUUGCUUGCCAAUUGGGAAAUACAGGCACGGCUGCAAAAGAGUGAAUAUUUCAGAGAAGCCAUGAAGAUACUGAGAGUUCAUCCUGGAGCAGUUUCUUUACUUGGAGAACCAAUUAAGAUGGGCCAGUUAGAUCUCGGCGAUACAACAAAAAAUUUUUGCGACGGGUAUAAAGCACAGUUCAAAGUACCUGUAAAAGGACCCCAGUCAAAAGGCACCAUGUACUUCUGGGCAGAACGUGAAAACACGAAUAUGGAAUGGGAUGUUUAUAAAGUUCAUCUUGACAUUGAAGGAGUAAAAGAUAAGCGACUUAUUAUUAAAGAUGCAACGAAAUCCGAAUAA